AUGCCUCUCCCCGCGGCGCUGCUGCCGGCGCUGCUCCUGGGGCUGCUGUGGCCGGGGGCGGUGCGCGGCCGGCCGCCCCCGGGCCGCCUCCCCGCCGGGCCCCGCCAGCGGCGCUGGGACGCGGCUCUCUUCGCCCGCUCCGUGGCGCGUCUCCCGGCCGAGCGCCGCGAUGCCGCCCGCGACGGCGACUACCUCCUGGGCAUCAAGCGGCUGCGGCGUCUCUAUUGCAACGUGGGCAUCGGUUUCCACAUCCAGGUCCUGCCCGACGGCCGCAUCGAUGGGAUCCACAGCGAAAACCGAUACAGUCUGCUGGAAAUCUCCCCUGUGGAAAGAGGAGUGGUGAGCAUAUUUGGUGUUAGAAGUGGACUCUUCGUGGCCAUGAAUAGCAAAGGCAAACUCUAUGGAUCUACCCAUUUCAAUGACGAGUGCAAAUUCAAAGAGAUCCUCCUGCCAAACAACUACAAUGCUUACGAAUCCAGGAUUUAUCCCGGGAUGUACAUAGCCCUGAGCAAAAACGGAAGAACAAAGAAAGGCAAUAAAGUAUCUCCCACAAUGACGGUGACACAUUUUCUUCCUAGAAUCUGAGACAUCUCCCUUCCGACCUACCUCAGCACAGGGGAAGACUCAGAACACAUCUGGGAAAAGAGAAACGUGGUGCACUUUUACUGGAGAGUUUUAUGCAAGAG